CUCUGGCAGGUCAGCUGACUCUGAUGCUGCUGUCAGGAGAUCUCACCACUGAAUGGCAACUAUGAAAAUUAUCAAGCCAUAGAAACGCUAUUUACAGCUUUAUUUUUCACUUUUAACGGCCCAUUUUUAUCAACAGUUUUCUCUAGCUGCUCCAGUGCUGUAACCAUGACAGAGUUUUGGUUGAUCUCUGCACCGGGAGACAAGACCUGCCAGCAAACAUGGGACAAAAUGAUGGCAGCCACCACACGUACUAACAACCUCUCCAUCAACCACAAGUUCAACAUCCCAGACCUCAAGGUGGGGACACUAGAUGUCUUGGUUGGGCUGUCGGAUGAACUGGCCAAAUUAGACUCCUUUGUUGAAAGUGUGGUGAAGAAGGUUGCUCAGUACAUGGCUGACGUGCUGGAAGACAGUCGAGACAAAGUGCAGGAGAACCUGCUGGCCAACGGAGUGGAUCUUGUCACCUACAUCACACGAUUUCAAUGGGACAUGGCAAAGUAUCCCAUCAAACAGUCGCUCAAAAACAUCUCAGAAAUCAUCUCAAAGCAAGUUACCCAGAUUGACAAUGACCUGAAGACCAGAGCAUCAGCUUAUAACAACCUGAAGGGAAACCUGCAGAACUUAGAGAGGAAGAAUACGGGGAGCCUGCUGACCAGGAGCCUGGCUGACAUUGUUAAGAAGGAAGACUUUGUACUUGACUCAGAGUACCUUGUCACUCUACUGGUAGUUGUGCCAAAGACGGGAUACGCUGACUGGCAGAAAACAUAUGAAACUCUGGCUGAGAUGGUGGUGCCUCGAUCCUCAAAUCUGCUAUUUGAAGACAAUGACAGCGGAUUGUUCUCUGUCACUCUAUUUAUGAAAGCCAUUGAUGACUUCAAGCACAAAGCCAGAGAGAACAAGUUCACAGUAAGAGACUUCCAGUACAAUGAGGAGGAGAUGAAGGCAGACAAAGAGGAGAUGACGCGGCUCUCCACAGAUAAGAAGAAGCAGUUUGGCCCACUUGUCCGAUGGCUGAAAGUUAACUUCAGUGAAGCCUUCAUCGCGUGGAUUCACAUCAAAGCACUCAGAGUCUUUGUGGAAUCUGUUUUAAGGUAUGGGCUGCCGGUGAACUUUCAGGCCAUGCUCCUGCAGCCAAGCAAGAAGAACGUGAAGAAGCUGAGGGAGGUACUCAAUGACCUGUACAAACAUCUGGACAGCAGUGCAGCAGCUAUCAUUGAUUCUGCGAUGGACAUCCCGGGUCUAAACCUGAGCCAGCAGGAGUAUUAUCCUUACGUCUACUACAAGAUCGAUUGCAACCUGUUGGACUUUAAAGUUUAACACUUUCUCCAUUUUGUCUUUUUGUUGAGUGUUGAUUAAUUUGGAUCUUUCCUGGUAGAAACCUCCCCCUGCUGCCCCCACCUCCCACCGCCCUCGCUGUCUGUGUCCUCACUGUCGCCUCUCCCCGUCAGCUGCUUGAAUGACGACGCUGCAUGUUCAUUCCUCGUGGUGAAAAGGCUCAUCAGCAAGCUUCUACCACUUUUACUAGCAAGGGACAAAAGAAGAUUUUUAAUGAUUGUUUUUGUUUACAGUUUAUUUUUCUUCUCACACCUCACAGAUAAUAAGCGUUUUUGGACGUGAAGUGGAUUAAAAAAAAAAAUCUUAUUGGAAAGUUGUAUAUUUACUGUGUCAUUCCACGUGUGCUGGUGUGUGUUGAUAGUUUCUGUGUCGGUGUUCAGAGAUUUGUGUUUACAUAUGGGCGAUGUUAUCGCUGUACCCAUGGCAACCAGAUCUGGUGUGUAUGUUUCUGAGAUUGCAGGGUCACCCUUGCGGACAUCGUGCAACAAAGUUGUGAUACGAGUGUGUGUUGUCGUCUCAUGUUGUGUAUAUUUCCUGUCAAAUAAGAUCUGUAUCAGAGUAUUGUGUAAGCCAUUGAUUGAAUAAUUAUGAUUGAUGAAUAAAUCAUAUCAAACAUGUGAGAAUUAACUCGGAAA